UUUGUUUUAGAAAAGGCUCGACAAUUUGAUUACCAUGAACAUAUUGGGAAGGUUUGUUCGCAAUGCUGUACAGAUCCGACCAACGCUUGUUGGCUCCAUAAGUUCCUCCCAUUUGCCGGCAAAUUAUACGCAGUAUUCAACUAAGCCACCUCCGACUGGAGCACCAGCUGGAACUACGGGGAAAGCUAAAAAGCCAACAUCACCAAAAGUUACCCUUGUCGGUACUGAUCAAUCUGUGUCGAUAGUGUCCCUAGAGGAGGCUGAGAAGCUUUCCAAAAGAAGGGACCUCAAGCUGGUAAAGAUGGUGGAUUUGGAGCUGAAGACACAGAGACCAGUUUAUAAGCUGAUGACUAGUGCAGAAUAUUUGACAGAGGAUCUAAAGCGUCGGGAGGAGAAAAAGCGCAACAAACAAGAAGCGACUAUCAAAGGCGAUAAAUUGCUUUCAAUCAGUGGACGUAUUUCGGAUCACGACUUAAACUCAAAGAUUCAGAAUGUAAUUAAAUGGCUCAAAAAAAGUUACGAGGUUCGAAUAGUCAUCUCGGCGGAUGGUGAAAAAGCCAAACAAGAAACGAUCGCUGCUCGCAUAGAACAGAGUACCAAGGAGGUGGGAAAUGUUGCCCAAAAACGUGUAAGGGAUAAUAGUUUGAGAUUUCAAAUUCUACCUGCUAGUGUUGCAAACAGCAAAAGCAACGCUGGUAACAGUGACAACAGUGGUAACAACCCUAGCAGCAGUGGCGAUAAUGCGAGUGAAAAAGAUCCUAAAAUAAAGCCCGUAAAGUCUUCCCAGAAGCAGGACAUGUUGGAUGCUACGCAAAAUACGCAGUCUGUUAGAGCGUUCCACACGGAGCGGAUGUUGGCGUGACAAUUAAAACCCCAGAACGAUGAACUGCCACAUGCGAGCCGCGAGCGGACGAAAGCGUUGAAGCCGGUAGCUUUUAUUGGGACUCUUCUGCUGAUUAAAUAUGCUAUUUGGUCGUACAUUUUGCGGGACUCGUCGCGUAAGAGAUGACCGCUUAGGGCUAGUAUACCUAUUUUGCUUUAAAAUGGCUUUGUUGAAAUUUUCGUGAGUUUAAAAAUGCAAGUCGAAUUUUAGUUGAUUUAUUGAUGCAAAUAGAU